UCCUUUUUGAAGUUUUUUUCCUUCCUUCCUUCCUGCCUUGCUUGCUUAACACUCACGAGGAAAAAAAGAAAGGGAAAACAACAAACUUCACCACAAAUCUCGUGGUCCCCUCCACUUCCCAAAUGUGCAUCACCUAGAUAACUACAAAAGCCCAAAGCCGGACUUGUUCUUUGAUGGCGACUAUAUAAUAGCUAUCUGAUCGGCAGCGCAACGAUAAGGGCCUCGGAAGAAAAUGUUGCGCUUCUCGCUUAGAAGGGUCUCGCUGUCAGCAAGUCGCAGUUCGAUCAGUUCGAUUCGGACCGGCCCGCUUAGGCGCACAUUCGGGUCUUACUCUCCGGAGCUGCCUAAGGUUCCGAUCCUUAGACCAACGAUAUGGGCUCUUGCCGCUACGGCUACCAUCUAUAUUGGUUGCGCCACACACAACGUCUAUCGAGAGGCCCGGAUUGUCAAGCGAAGGGGGGAUUACAAGGAAGAUGUCAUUAAGUCGUACGAUGAUUUGGAAUACGUCAAGAAGCGUGGAGAUGGCUUCCGUCGCAAUCUGCCCCUUCCGCGGAAGGAGAGGUGGUUUCCGACUGGGCAUCUCUCUGCUAUACAGAGUGGAUACACGGGCGCGGAGAUAAUGACUAUUUACUUCUCAGCCCUCAACGUCAGCCUUUUCGGGGCCAAAUUUCUUGCCCCCAGCUCCGUGAUGCCGUACCUCUCCCACGUACCAGCGUUCAGCCCUAAUUAUACGCUCCUAACCUCUAUAUUUGGCCACAGCGGCCUCUUACACGUUUCGCUUAACACGUUCGUGCUUCUACAGUUCGCUCCUAGAGUCACGAAAUCCCAUCUAUUCCAAGGAAAUGGCAACCACUUCACGGCGUUUUACCUUUCGGCCGGUAUCCUCUCGUCGCUGGGACACCAGGUCGGGACUAUACUACCGACGCGGACGUAUCGAUUCAACCGUUUCGCGCCGGCGGCGGAAUCUAGCGGCGUGAUCAUGGCUGUGAUAGGAGCUUGGGCUACGAUGAACCUCAAUGAGAAGGUGGGCAUCAUGUUUCUACCGGGAUCCUAUGCUGUCCAGGAUUUGGUGACUUUUAUGGUCGCACUUGAUACGUUCGGGCUCUUUUUCGGAUUGCCGUUUUUGUCCACCGCACAUGCUGCGCAUCUGAGCGGGUUGGCUUUUGGUUGGGCAUACGCGCAUUUCGACGGGGAAAAGAAGCUGUGGCGUCCUACCUGCCGGUCCGCCUUUUUAUUGAUGAAGCAAUUAAAAAUGAUAUGACCGUCUAGUCACAUAACGAGAAGCUUCGACGAGGUUGACAUAUUUACUCCUUACAAGGGUACUAGGUAGGUAAAAUAACAAAUGAUGCAUAGGAAUGGUUUAAGAGGUAAAUAGCAAGCGAGCUAUGUAUAUCCAUGAGACAAUGAACAUCUUUAGAUACCCUCUUUAGAAUUGUAAUUUUAGCAUUAUAUUCCGUUGUAUUGAAGUGAAA